GUCAAAGCCGCGACAAUUUUUACGUCUUGCUAUAUACGUCGAUCCUCCUUUCUCUUUUUUUUUUUAUCUAUCUCUUUUUAACGUAAUAUUUCGAGAUUCUUUCGUUUUGUUUGUUUGUCCUUUUUUUCUCUCUCUCUCUUUUCUUUUUUUUUUCCUUCUUCUUUGAUCGUCAAGCGUUUUUUGUCGAAAGGAUAGAACGAGAGAGAAAGAGAGAGAGAGAGAGAGAGAGAGAGAGAGAGAGAGAGAAAAAGAGAAAUAGAAAGAGAGAGAGAGAGAGAUAGAAAGACAAAGGAAAAUGAAACGACGAUUUGCCAGUGUCUUCAAAAUCGGACAACAUUUAGUACUUAAAAUUCACGUCGAUCGAUUGAUUAUUAAUAAAAAAGUGUAAAAAGAAAGAAGAAGAAGAAGAGUACAUUGAUCGAUCGUUAGUAAUAAAAUAAAAAAGGAAAAAAAAAGAAAAAGGAAUAGAGGAAAAAAUAAGUGAGAUAGUGUCGACGAGAUCAAAGGAAGGAUGCAACGUGAGACUUCAGAGGUGAUAAAAGUACAUUUUUGAUAAUAACAACAACGAUAACAACGACGACAACAACAAAAAUAACAACCAAGUGAUUAUCGUGAUCGUUCGAUUUAAAAAGUGUGUGACAGAAGUCAGUCAUGAAAGAUCCAGUUAAGCGAUUUUUCACGUUUCUUCUUAUUUUUUCUUGGACUCUAUUAUUAAGGAGGAUAUCAACUUCUUCAGCAUUAUAUUUUCCACAAUCAAAUUUAAUGUUGAGAUUACCAUAUUUGGCAAAUAAGGAUGUUGGUUUAAAUUCAAACGUAAAAUUACUGACACUUAGGACACUUCGAAACGACUCGACGAUACCGAAAGAGGUGAAAUAUCGUAUUUCUGCUCAACGUGAAAAAUUUGCGAUCCUCGACGAAAAGACCAAUACAGUUUGGUUACGAACUCUACCAAAGGAUAACGUAUCCGAUGACAUUAUCGUUCAGGCGAAGGAAAAUGCCGGCGACGUCGACGUUCUGAAUAUAAAAGUACAAUCAUUACCAAUCAAGCAGAAUAAAAUAAAUUGUGCCGAUUACGUACAGGAUAUGUGUUUUUGGAAUUCCUCCCAAUACAGCAUUUAUGAGAAUCAACCUGCGACCAUGCUCGGUCCAUUUGGGCCAGAAGUUUAUACGGAUAUUUGUCCAGAUUUUCGUGUUAUCGGAUACGAAUUGUUGAAUGGAACAAAUUAUUUCCACGUGAUAAACAAUACGCUUUAUGCGAACUCGUCGUUGGAUCGCGAUGUCCUUGGUCCAGCAGGUGGUCCAGGACCACGUGUCAAUAUCGAAGUACGUUGUAUCGUUUAUGAGGAAAUUACUGGGAUCCAGUAUGCUUUGUUACGUAUUUUGGGAAUCGAUAUAUUGGAUCAGGAUGAUAAUCCUCCUGUAGCACAAAUGGAUUCAGUCGUCGAGAUUAGCCUACGUGAUUUUACUGCGGGCGAUAGACUGGAUGACAAUAAUCUUAUGGUGAAGGACGCCGACGAGAUAAAAAGUAAUCGAUAUAUCGUUCGUAUUCUCGAGGAUAUUCAUAAUGCUCUAAACAUAACGUACGAUACGAUGCCGAUCGAACAUCCUAAACAUCCAGAGAAUCCUGUAUCAACUGCUAUAUACACUAGAAUUUAUGCGAAAACAACGCUCUUACCGAAAUCACCUUAUCGAGUUAUCCUUCAGGUUAAGGACGAAUCUCUUUUACCAGGACAUGGAGAAAAUUCGGUGAAUACCACGUUAUUGUUCGUCGGGCCACAACAUCGAACAACCACACCGACGGCCGCAUCGAUCCCUUUAAUACAUCCGAUCUAUCCAGAAACCGUCAGAAUUGCUCGUAACUCGUCUCUAUACUUCCGUGUAGCCCAACCGACGAAUAAAACCGAUCGAAGAAUAUCUUUUAGUAUACACGGAUCGAAGGCUUUCAAUGUUACCAAAAAGGAUGGUAUUGUACACGUGAUCAAUUCUACUCUACUUAAAACAUCACCGAACAUCGUAUUUUUGAGAUUAGAAUGGCGAGUAGAAGAACAACCUGCCUCAUCGACAACGAUAAAAAUUAUGAUCGACGUGCCACUCUCGAAGUUGAAUAUUUGCAAUCAAAUCAAAGAAACAGUUCAUUCCUGUGCCAAUGCUGAAUCUCGUCGUGAUUGUGAAUUGAGCUGCGGAGUUGGUGGUGGUAAUCUCAACAAAGACACAUAUGUAGGACAAUGCAUAUGGCGUUCGAAUAACAAUAGUAUGACAACACAAAUGUCGGAACGUUAUGCAACAUGCUCACCGGAUUUAAACUUUUGUCCUGAUUACACGUGUGACGAAUUGGAACGGCUUGAUCAUCGUAUUUGUCCACAGGAUUGUACCAUUGAAUCCGAAGUCCAUUUUGCCGAAAUGAAUAAGGGUGGUCGUGGAAUAAGAAGCGGUUUGGGGAUGUGCUCGUGCAACGACAUGGUACAAUGCACCUGCGGCCUUGAAUCCUUUCGAAAGAUUAAUGGUGGUGGGGGUAGUCAACUUAUAUCAACGAUUAAAGAGGGAAAUGGAAAAUUAAAGGACGAAGAUAAAAAUAAAGGACCUGUGCUCGGUGCUCAAAAAGCAUCCAAUGAAUCCUGUGGACCAAUCUGUAUGAUAAGCGUCACCAGCGCGGCCAUCUUCGUUUUUGUUGUUAUCAUUGGUUUCCUUGCAACUUGGAGGUACAGGAUGACAAAGAAGGGUACUCGUCGAGAAUGCAAACACAGAGUGGAAGAUGGCUCCAAUGGUAUGGGAAUUUUACCAUCGGAUUAUAUCGAUCGUGGUGACAGUCUUCCUAUUGGUCUUGACACUUUUGCUACUGUCAAUCGUCAUCUACUUCCUAAAACUUGUCCGCCGGACCCAAAAUGGGAAUUUCCACGUUCUCGGUUAACGAUCGAACAAGUUCUCGGAGAGGGUGAAUUUGGACGAGUUUUACGAGCUAAAGCUAUCGAUAUCGGUGGUUGGCUUGGACCAACUACGGUAGCUGUAAAAACAUUAAAAGAAGAUGCCUGUGCUUCCGAACUAGCCGAUCUACUCUCGGAGUAUCAACUUUUAAAAGAAGCUCAACAUCCUAACGUUAUUCGAUUACUCGGUGCUUGCACCUCACCUGGUGGUCCAGUUUAUCUCAUCAUCGAGUUCGCUGAAUUUGGCUCGUUAAGGAAUUACUUGAGACGCAGUCGACAUUUGGAAUCCGAAGGGAGAGUUCUUUGCUUGACGUCACUUCUUUCCGCAUCACCGAAUAACAUUAGAGAGGAAUUACAACAGGUCGAUACUUUGUCGAAUUAUACUAUAACUCCACGCGACAUUCUUUCGUUCGCUUGGCAGAUCAGUAAAGGGAUGGCAUAUCUCGCAGAUAUUAAGUUGGUACACAGAGAUUUGGCCGCUAGAAAUGUUUUACUGGCGACAGGUAAAGUCUGUAAAAUUUCGGAUUUCGGUCUGACCCGUGACGUUUACGAGGACGAUGCUUAUUUGAAACGAAGUAAAGGCCGAGUACCCGUUAAAUGGAUGGCACCGGAAUCAUUGGCAGAUCACGUUUAUACCAGUAAAUCCGACGUUUGGAGUUUCGGUGUGCUCCUUUGGGAAUUGGUCACUUUAGGAGCAUCACCGUAUCCAGGUGUAGACGUUCAUAAUCUUUACAAUCUUUUAAAGGCUGGUUAUCGUAUGGAAAAGCCAGCUAAUUGUUCUCAACAAUUAUAUAAAUUGAUGGUCUCAUGUUGGCACGAGGAACCUGGAAUGAGACCAUCUUUUAAAGAACUCACCUGUCAUUGGGAACGCAUGUUAGAGGAUGGAGUAGAAUACUUAGAUCUGAAUCCAAGAACCGUCCAUAAUCAGGCAUAUUUUGCUUCUCUUCAUGCAUUAGAUAGUCCAACCAGUUCAGGCGAUCAAGGUCUAGAAGAGGGCAAGGUUAAUAUAUUAAGGACAGAUACGGUUAAUUACCUCAGUAAACCAUCGUCGGAACCUGUGACAAAGUGCGAUAAAGUAGACAAACUUCAUGCAUUUUGGCAGGAACCAAUAGCUUCAUUUCCAAGCGAAACAGUGAAAUCACCUUAUGUCAAUGAUCGUCCACCUAGCUUGAACAUCAAUCAUUACGAAAGUCCAAUUAAAUUAAGGAAUACGAGUGUAACUAGUAAUAGCGAGAAUGAUCUUAAAACACCACCGAAUGAACGGCCACAGUCUUAUAUAGACAUGCAAGGAAAGAAAACUAAAGAAACGGAUGAUUUAUUGUUGUUCGGUAGUUUGGAAAGCAAGGAAGACAACGAUAGAACUGAUUGAGGAUAUUGAUGAGAAAGAAGAAGAAGAAGAAGAAGAAGAAGAAAAAGAAAAAAAAAAAAGGAUAAAAAGAAGACGAAGAAGAAAACAAAAAAAAACAUUUAUCUAAAAUGUUCGAGAGUCUUUCUUUUUUCUCUUUUUCUUUUUCGUUAUUUAUUUUUUUCUUUUUUUUUUUCUUUUUUUUUUUUUUAAGGAAGAUCUUUCCAACGAUUUGAUCUCCGAUGAUCAAGACAGAUGACGAUUGACGAUUGAUGAUUAAAAUGAUAUUGACGACGAUGACAGAUACGACGGAGAAAUGAUUUUUCGAUAUUACGAUAUCAUUGAUGAAAGUGAUCACGAGAAAAAAUUCUCGUAGCUCUUAAUUGUUAUACCAAAAAUGAUAGAGAAAGAGAGAGAGAGAGAGAGAGAGAGAGAGAGAGAGAGAGAGAGAGACAAACAAACAAACAAAGAAAAAUAUCGAGUUAGAUUAACAUAUUUUUAUGUAUAAAACAUCUUUUUCUUGUACUUAAGCGAAACAGCACUUUUUUUUCGCAUUACUAUUACUACUAUUACUACUACUAUUACUAUUAAUAUUAUUACUAUUUACUAGUACCUACAGCUAUUUACUAUCAAAAAUAUUACAACUAUUACAUAAACGCGAUUCUUGAUUAAGAAAAACUAAUUUAUAUAUAUAAUAUAUAUAUAUAUAUAUAUAUGUAUGUAUAUAAAUAUUUAUAUAUAUAAUAUAUAUAAUAUAUAUAAAUAUUUAUAUAUAUAUAUAUAUAAUAUAUAUAUAUACAUAUACGAUAUACAUAAUACUGUGAAUGAUUUGUAUGUACAAGCGAACGUACAAAGUUUCACACGUGCACAUUGCUAAUCGCAUUUAAAAGAGAGAGAGAGAGAGAGAGAGAGAGAGAGAGAGAGAGAGAGAGAGAGAGAGAGAGAGAAAAUAAUUUCUCGUAUGAAAGCUUUAUCAGCAAUGCAUUUGAGAGAUAUACAUACAUAAAUGGCUUCCUCUUUAAAGGAUCAUUAUCUAAAUCUUCGUUAUUGAUCAUAAUAGAUCUCUAUAAUAUGAUGAUCAUCUCGAUUGAAGGAUGAAACAUUGGUUUUCUUUUCUCAAAUUACACACACACACACACACACACACACACACACACACACACACACACACACACACACACACACACACACGUACGUACGUACGUACGUACAUACAAACGAGUAAUUUCUUUUUAUAGCUUUUUAAAAAGAUAUAAAUAAUGCGCACGUCGUUGUUUAAAAUUGAAAUAUGGCAAUGAUUAAGGGAGAUUUUAGUAUGAAUAUAAAAAAAAAAAAAAAAAAAAAAAAAAAAAAGUUUUAUUGCCGUGUACGUGUUUUUUAGAGGGGGAAACACACGCUCACAGAAAGAGAGAUAGAGAGAGAGAGAGAGAGAGAGAGAGAGAGAGAGAGAGAGAGAGGGAGGAGAAA